AUGAUAACGCCUAAAGACUUCAUCACAAUUGCAGAAUUCCUCCAAGACGGCGAUUUCUGUCCACGCCUUAUCGAAACACCCGGAGAACAGCGACUCGACGGCGUGGUGCUCCAAGAGGAAAAACACGAGGCAGCAGGCAUGGUCGCUCGGACUUACGCGAGAGCGUCGAACAUCCAAUUCGAGCAUCUACAGUCGCUCUGUGUGGACAAACUCAAAGCUGUUCACCCCUACACGCCCACAGCCCUGAUGAGCGUGGUGGGGCUUCUGUCGAAAAGGCAACGCAACGACAACGACGCUGAGAGUGAGCUCAUGAGGUGGAUGGUUGAUUUACUGACGGAGAAUUUUUGGGCGGUGGUCCGCAGUGAUGCAAACAUUACGCUGGAGAGGGUGAUGAGAGGCGAUCCUGGUUUGAGACAGAUGGUCGUUGAGAAGCUGGCAUCUGAUCCUGGCACGGGUUUCCAGGCCUGA